GUCUAUAAUUAUUUUCAUAUCAUAUCGCUGAUCGAUCGCGCGACUCUCAGGAGAUCGAACAGGAGGGGAGGCCUAGGAAUAGGAUAGUGCACUUUAAUUCAAGACUGUAUUGAUACAGUACAAUUCGGUAUUUUCAACGGAUCUGUAUAACGAUGGAUAGAUUACAACCACAUAGUCAAAAUAUUCCACUUGCAAUGCCACGGCAGGUAAUGGCUGCUUCGGCACCUCAACGAACUGGUGGAAAGAAGACCCACCCAGGCAAGGCCAUUCUUGCAGGUGGCAUUGCUGGUGGAAUUGAAAUCUGUAUCACAUUUCCGACAGAAUACGUGAAAACACAGUUACAACUUGAUGAACGGUCUUCAAAGCCCAUGUACAAGGGACCAAUCCACUGUGCUAAACACACUGUUCAAAACCAUGGAGUGAGAGGCCUUUACAGAGGACUAAGCCCCUUACUAUAUGGCUCUGUACCAAAAUCAGCUGUAAGGUUUGGUGCUAAUGAAUUCUUAAAGACACAGUGGAGGUCACACCAUGAUGGAAGUCUGAGUAAAGUUGGUAGUUUAUUUUGUGGUCUCGGUGCCGGAGUUAGUGAAGCUAUUCUUGCAGUUACACCAAUGGAGACAAUUAAGGUUAAGUUUAUCAAUGACCAAACGUCGGCUAAGCCGAAAUACAGAGGGUUUAUGCACGGUGUCAGAGAAAUUGUGAAGCAGCAAGGAAUAAGGGGUACUUAUCAAGGUCUGACUGCAACUAUAAUGAAGCAGGGAUCAAACCAAGCCAUACGUUUCUUCGUGAUGGACUCGCUUCGUGAGUGGUAUAGAGGUGGUGACCCAAAUAAAUAUAUCAAUCCAAUUAUCACUGCAAUGUUUGGCGGAUUUGCGGGAGCGUGUAGUGUGUUUGGAAAUACGCCAUUAGACGUGAUCAAAACACGAAUGCAGGGUCUUGAAGCUAGCAAGUACAGGAAUACUUGGCACUGUGCAACUCAAAUAAUGAAGAAUGAAGGUCCCAAAGCAUUCUACAAAGGAACAGUACCAAGAUUAUCAAGAGUCUGUCUAGACGUGGCAAUUGUAUUUGUUAUUUAUGAAGAAGUUGUCAAAAUUCUAAAUAAGGUUUGGAAGACAGAGUAGUACGUGUAUUUCCCAUCUACUGGUACAUUCACAACCAAAACCCUAUCAACCCUUGUGCAUAACAUUUGCAAAUCUAUGUUUUAUGGAAAUUUUAAGUUAUAGGAUUAGAAUGUCAAAUUAUGACAGUACAGUACAGUACAGUAAUAAUAUUUUAAGGUAAUACAGUAAUAUUAUUAGUUGAUUACUAAGAUGUAAUUGCAGAACAUUUGUUAAAUGAAAUUUUGAAAUGGAAUGUUUAGGUUAUUUCCCUACCAGAUUGAGUCAAAUGAUUUUGAACUGCAUAUGUUAUUAAAUAUAUUUGUAGGAUGAAAACACAUGAAUGGUAAGACUAUAAAUGUGACAUCACCUGCAGAUUUGUCUCCUCGAGUAUCUCUUACAGAUUGUUAAUGGGUUGAAGUAUGUUUUAACUUCCUUUGGUGUUGAUAUGAGUAAUGUAAGUCCACCAUGUAUUAUCUGUUACCCUUUGACUCUUACAAAGUGUAUAUUUUACUGGCUAUAAAUGCAUUUCACCUAGCUUAAAAAUUUGGGUUAGAGGGCAUCCUCACUGAUCAUCUAAAAUGUGUUGUGUAAAUGAAUAGGCAUUCUACAAAAACAUACCAAAAAUACUGAUUCAGAGACAAUGCUUUUCAAGUUAGCUAAGUCUUAGCUUAGUCUUGAAUUUAUCACAAAUGUAUAGUUGUGGUACCAAAGAAACAAAACAAAGUCAUAUAA